AGAGCAAUUUCUCCCAGCCUCGCCCAAAUUCCGCGAAGCGAACAAGGACCAAGUAAGGGACGGAGCGGGACGGAGCCUCUGUUCCUGCCACUCACAGCCUCUCCCCCCAGCACCGCGAUUCCCUACCUCUCAUCGCCCGCUCGCCCACGCCUCCCCGUGUUUCACCGCAUGCUGCGAGGCGGCGCCUGGCGCUAGGCUAGUAGGGUGCUGCCGCGCUGCCAUCGUUGGGGCGAGGAGGGACCCGCUGGAGAAUACGAGUUCCGGGCGGCCGUCGCUGCCAGUGCGUUGAAUUCUCCUCAGCCGCGCGGCCCAUGCGCUGAUGAUGGCAUCGGGCGCCCACAAGCCCGCGCACCACCGCCAGGCGUCCCAGGCGCCGCACCCGCAGCAGCAGCAGAGGAGCUGCGAGGUGGUCACCCGCCUCGUGGCCCCCUUCGCGCUCCUGCUCCUCCUCGCCGCGCUCCUCGCCUACCUCGCCCUCUCCCACGCGCACCCUCCGCCCGCCCUGCUGCUCGCCUCCAACAGCCUGCCGCCGCCGUCGGUGUCUCGCAGGGAUGAGGAGGCGGGCGGCACGAUGCGGUUCGAUGGGGCGGCGCGGGUGGUGAGGCUGGAUGUGGGGGGAAGGGGCGGGGGCGAGCGAAAAGGCGGAGAGCCAAGGCAGGACGAGCGCGGAUGGAUGAUUGACCCGGUUGCUGCGGCAGCCAGUGCAGGGCUGAAAGGAGGUGCCACCUCAUGCCUCAUGACGCAUGUGGGGAGGUGCUACCUGAGAAGGUUCGGGGAAAUCACCGGCACCACGACUACAACGAGACCUUGGUGUUGUGGGGCGCGAGAAUGAAAGUGCGGAACGAGAACCGUGACGUGGCUAAGGGAUUUGCUGAGGUCAUCUUGACAGCGGAUGACGUGGCGGUGAUGGCGUGCCCAGCCUUGAGUGCACAUGCCGUGGUGAACAUCGACACCUCUAGGUCCGCCUACCUCAUGGCGUGCCAGGAUGGGCUGCAUGAUCCCAAAGACCCUCGCACAGACUAUGGGGUGUGGAGUGAUCUUGUGUGAUGCUCUGUGCAAGCUGCUUCAUGCUGGUGCUGCAGAUAUUAUGGUCUGCUGAUUGGAAUUUGGUAUAGGCCCGUUCAGUACAAGGGAAUUUGAUUGCUAAUGUUGUUGCGUGGAGUCGCACAUGCUGGAAGCGACGACCCGUAAUGCACGGCAUGUCCAGAGCAAACCGGGCCCGGAAAGCGGGCGAAUUCAAUUCAACACCAACUGCAACCAAUCAUGUCACAUUUUGCAAGUUCGAUUCAACACCAACUGCUGGUCGCAUUGCAUCGCGUUCUGCACAUGUGGCAGCACUUUGUGACAAGCACCUUGGUUCCUGAUCUAUAGGCUGCUGCAGGGCCUCAGAUUGGUUUCGGACUGCCCUGAUUGCUCAGUAUCAUCAUGCAAA